GAUCUCAGCUUCAGUGUACCUCAGAAGAAACUCCGAAUCAAGCUACUUCAUCCCAAGAAAAAAAUCAAAGUGGAUGGAAAAAUCGAUUCUCUCCAGAGUACCCGCUUUGGCCACCUGGAAAUAAUCUUGGAUGACAAGGAUGUCUAUUACAUCAAGGGGCUGAGUGACAUUCAGACCUCCAGGGGGGAACAGAGAUACGAGACUCAGCUGGAGGCGAAGCUGAUCAGAAGAGGCAGCCCUGUUAUUCUCAUGGGCAACAUCACCAAACAAGUGGGCAGAAAGAUGACAUUCUCAGUGUCCCUGCUGAAUGUGCUGAAGGACAAAGCCUUCUUGUCAGCAAUCCUGGAGAAGAAGGCAGAGGAUGGACUCCAGCUAUAUGCACUGGAAGGAGAGGUCUACCUGCCAGAUAUCUUGGGUUUCCAUGCCAUUGGCCUGUUGCAGCAAAGAGGGAGCCUCUGGACCAAUGCCCUAAGGAUAAAAUAUGGGCUCCUAGGAGAGGCCAAGCACCUCCAGCAGGAAUGCAAUGCCGGCCAGAAGCUCAAAGUGGAGAACCGUCUGGAGGUGUACAAGCUGGACCUUGGGCAUGAGUUUCACUGCACUCAGGUGCCCACGUAUAACCAUAAGGUUCAACUGCAGCAUGAGGAGAGCGUGUCCCGCCUACAUUCCAUGUUGGAAGUGAGCUAUGGGAAGCACUGGGAUGAGAUCAACAACAAAAAAAAGCUCCGAAUCAGCCAGACCUUCAAAAAUGACUCUGGUCCAUCCCUGAGCAACUACUUCAUGGAGUUCCUCCUGCAGGUGCCCGAGAGGCAGGUGGAUUACCGAACGCAGCUCCAGCAUUCCAGCUUCUCCCAGGGCCAUGUGGAGAGCAGCACUCAUCUGAAGGUGCAGUAUAAUGGUCGCCUGCCCUUCAUGGCUGGGCUUCAGUGGAAGGACAUGUCUCGAGGUCUUCAAUGGAAAUGGGAAGGUGCAUUGAACUUGGAUACCCCUUGGUUGCUGUUGUCCCUGGCUCACAGGCUACACCAACCUCACCGUGCUGUGUACCAGGCCACUUGGGAGCUGACAACAGGGAAGGCCUUGUCCAUCAAGAACCUGGUGGUGGAGCUGUCGUGCAAAGACAAACUUCAAGACAAAGAAGGGAAGAUCCACAUUUACACACCAACCACCACCUACCUCAGGGCAUCCACAUUGAUUACCUGGGACCAGAGUGUUCUCCGAAGCCAGGGUGAGCUGGUGACCACCUGGAGUCCCCUGGUUCAGAUUAAGGUUCACCUGGAGAAUCACUGGGACAAGAAGCUCUUCCAUUGUUGGCUAAAGGGUCCUAGGCAGGGACUGAACCUGACUUCUGCCUACAAACACACAGAGCAGCCCAGAAAGACCACUGUGUUAAUAAUGGCCCUGUGGACUGAUUCCAAAAGCCAGCCCAUUGGACUGCACCUGGAGGGCCAGCUGGAGGAGCUGAAGAGGGAGAGCCUACUAUAUCAGAAACGAGGAACCCUCCAGCUCAGGCAUCCCUUAAAAUUGCCCAUCCCUAAGAGCCUCCUCCUGCAGGAGACGUUUACUGUGGACAAAAACCAGAAGUACUACAUGUUGGAGACCAAAGUCUUGGUGAAUGGGCUGGAGGAAUGCCUGCAGACCCUGACCCUGGGCUACCAGGCUGACUGCCCCUAUAUCUGCGUUACUUUGACUCAUCCAUACAACAGCAAGGUCAUUCCCAAGAGCAUAGACACGUGUUUGUUGACAAAGAUUCGACAAAGCGGUAACCAGGAGGUCGAGGCUGCUUUGAAAGUUAACCAGAAGGAUAUUCUGCAUUUGAAGGGAAGACACCGUAACAGGUCUAUGGAAGGAAAUUUCCGUCAUGAUGUGAACUUGGAUUUGACCCAUUCAACUCAGCUGAGGAUCCCCCAGGCACUGGGCCUUCAUGGUGAGAUCUUCUUUACGCAGCACCCAGAGGGAGAGUUUGACUGUGGUGUAGCUCUGCAAGCUGCCAUCAGCCAGAAGGUCACAUCUCAGUUCUUGCUUCAGCUGAACGGAUCCAAGUCUCACUUUGGGUUUUUCUCCCAACUUAGGCAUCCUGCCAGGGUGACACUUCCUCCAAAUUUCCAGGUCCAGGCUGCCGGUAGGCAUCACAAAGAUCGAAGCAUCAAUGGUUCCUUAUCUGUGCAUGCCUCAGGGAAGGAGCUGGCUCUGCUAGAGGCCAGCAUGAGCAGAGAGAACAGGAAGAGCUCCCAGGGAUGGGAUGUGAGCGCUGUCCUCCGACAAGUCAUCUUCACCGAUCCCAGGGCAGUAUGGCUACAGCUGUCCAGCAAGGUCACUCCAGCAAGGGUCUGGUUCUUUACUAAGAUGAUGAUCAAUCAGAACAGUGCCCAGCUAUUUUUCACAGGACUCAAGGAAGAGAAGGUGGGACCCAUCCUGUCCCUAAAGGGCAGAGUCCAGCACAAUAUUGACAGUUGGGGGGCUGUCCCAAAGCUCCUCGACCUCACCGGAUCUCUCAAACGGAAGAACCACAGCAAUGAGGGGAACCUCAGCAUCCUCAUUGAUGAUGCCAUGUUUGGGCUGCGUCUAAGGGACAAACAUGUGUCGGGGAACAGCAGCGUGCAUAGUGUGACCUGUGUGAUAAUUCAGAAUGGCAGUUGGGCCAUCCCUGACGAGCUUAAGCUGAGGGGACAGCUGCAGACCCAGCCUGAUGGCUACCAUGUCCAUGCUACCUUUCACGCAGAUGAAACCACUUUGUCCCUGGGCACAGCCUGCAUCAUAGCUCCAGGGCAGAGGCAGCUCUCUGCCAAUCUGGCCCACAACAGUAACAAUUUAAGAAAUUCAGGACUGCCCAUGAAUGGAGCGAUUCUGUUCUCCCAUACCUACCUUGCUCCCAACCACAGGCUGACCCUGGGGCUGCAGAGCAAUGAAAGCCAUAUUGAUGCUGCCUUUAGGGUAGAAGUUCCUUCUGGGGAAUUCCCAGAGGCCCGUAUCACUGCCAACCUGAGCCACAAUGUCGAGGACCUUAGGCAGCUUGGUAUCCCCUUUUUGGUUGAAGGAGACUGUUAUUACCAAAUCCUGGAAUGA